GGAUGCUGGCUAAUAAGGGGGCACUUCAGUCAAAAUUACACCUUUGUUAUAAAAAAUUACAUCACAGGUGCCCCUCUUUAUUAUGGGCAUUUGUCUAUGAGAGGUGCAGACAGAAUUUGUGAUGAGGAACUAUGGCAAGGUACUGCCAAGUCAUCAGAGGGCCACCUUAGUCAGAUCCUUUGGGCUAAGGCUAAGGAUGAAGGCCUGAAAGUGGCUAUCAAUUGGCAGGACGCAGAUUCCUCAUCUGCCAAAGGAUUUCGGUAUUCUUUUCCAAAUGAACAAGAGUCUAAAGUAAUGUUGUGUGGGGGUCACGUUGGCAGGGCGCAUGGUAAAAGGCUUGAAGAGUUAAAAACCAUGUCUUCAUUUAGUGAAGGGUUCAUCGCCUUGCACAAAUCAGACUUUCCUGCAGUUAAAUCAGUGAAGUGCUGUUGUGCUGGCAAAAAGCAUACUUUUGUUGCUAAAAAGGACAAACCUGUUUGUGGUUGUAUUGGCCCAGGCUUUAUACAAAAUGCCAAGCGGAACCAUUACUGUGCAUUAGUUGAUGCUGGUACUAGCCCUGAUAAAUACAGAGAAACUAUGCUGACUCUUGGCAAAUACCAUAGCAGGGACAUUCAUGAGUGGGAAGGGGGAUUUUGUUCUUUUCAUCCUUUGGUUAAAUGUAGUUGUAAGGAGUGCAAGGCAGAUGAGAGUGGGUUUUACCCAGACAUGAAAUGCCAAGGCCAGCCAUAUCACUCUGCUCAUGUCUUGAAAUGUGACCUUCAUGGACUUGCAUAUGAGAUAGAAUGUGCUGAGAGGGCAAAAAAUGCAGAAAAGGUCAUAGAUCCUGAGUUAGGAAAGGGUCAUUCAAAUCUUCCCGAAUCGACAUUCAGUGUCCUAACUAAAUUUCGGGCCAAGGACCCCAACCUACAUCAAAAGCACUAUCAGGCAUCCACAAAUCUUGGACUUCUCCAAGCAAACAUGACGUGGUGCUUCAAGAAUAAAGGACCACAUUAUCACUGGAUCAUUGAACUCUAUUCAAAGAUGGGUCUUCCAAUAUUUGACGGAAUUCAAGAGAUGGUAUGUGUUUGUGCAAUAAAAUGUUAGUACAUGUAAAAAUGUUUUUGAUAUGAAUGCUGUUGUUUGCGUUAGUGAGGGUGUGAGGAUAAAUUUUUGUUUCAUAAUUUUAGAGAAAAAGAUACUGUUUUUCCUUUCCUUUGCUCGUUAAAAUUGUAUACUCAAAAGACAUGUAUAUUGUUUUCACAGUUUUGCUUUAUUUAUCAGCUUUUCAUAGUUUCCCCUCUGUGCUCCAUAAAACUAAUAUGUUUCUCACUCUCUCUCCCUUUUUUUUAUUUUAAAGUGCAGACAUGAUCAUGAGGAAAGAAUGAAGAGACUCAAGAGAUACCAAANUUGCAUAUGAGAUAGAAUGUGCUGAGAGGGCAAAAAAUGCAGAAAAGGUCAUAGAUCCUGAGUUAGGAAAGGGUCAUUCAAAUCUUCCCGAAUCGACAUUCAGUGUCCUAACUAAAUUUCGGGCCAAGGACCCCAACCUACAUCAAAAGCACUAUCAGGCAUCCACAAAUCUUGGACUUCUCCAAGCAAACAUGACGUGGUGCUUCAAGAAUAAAGGACCACAUUAUCACUGGAUCAUUGAACUCUAUUCAAAGAUGGGUCUUCCAAUAUUUGACGGAAUUCAAGAGAUGGUAUGUGUUUGUGCAAUAAAAUGUUAGUACAUGUAAAAAUGUUUUUGAUAUGAAUGCUGUUGUUUGCGUUAGUGAGGGUGUGAGGAUAAAUUUUUGUUUCAUAAUUUUAGAGAAAAAGAUACUGUUUUUCCUUUCCUUUGCUCGUUAAAAUUGUAUACUCAAAAGACAUGUAUAUUGUUUUCACAGUUUUGCUUUAUUUAUCAGCUUUUCAUAGUUUCCCCUCUGUGCUCCAUAAAACUAAUAUGUUUCUCACUCUCUCUCCCUUUUUUUUAUUUUAAAGUGCAGACAUGAUCAUGAGGAAAGAAUGAAGAGACUCAAGAGAUACCAAACAGAUGAUGCCAAGAAAAAGAGGGUGCAAAGGAAAGUCAGUCGUGCUGAAGAACAAGAAUUAAGGUAA